UUGUCUGUAACCGUAUUUAAAAUAAAUCAUUACUACGAUUAUUUUUGUACGAUUGCUCAGCGUUAUUUAGAACGAAUCAAAUCUCCCGUGCUAAGCAGGAAUACCAAUUAAAUUGCUUUUAGAUGCUUGGACUGCUUUCGAUACAUGAUGAAGUUGCAAAUAAAUUGCCUGUUAGCCGCUCUCCUCGCCGUAUCGAGCGGAAAUGCAAGAACUUUUACACCAACAGAGGAGUUCCAGAAGGCCCCCGACCUUGGUGGGAUGCAGGAGUCAAACGAAACUGAAAGUACCCAAGGUCAGACAGUCCCAAUGGCCACGGCCAUGGGUGAGGUGGUCCACUCCAGCAACUCUAGCAACUCUAUCAACUCUAGCAACUCCAGCAACUCUAGCAACUCUAGCAACUCCAAGCUGGGAUCAAGUGCACAAGGUCAGCACCAGCGUCAGCGUCAGCCAGCAACAACUGUUUUGAAGCACAUCGUUCGUAAGAAGAGAGAUAUUUUUACGCAAGAUACUCCCUACGACUUUCAUACAGUACAUCAGGCCUGCGAUUUUGAUGAGCGCGGGAGACACCGCAUUGUCAUGUUCUUCCCGAAUCAUUGCAUUUGGACUUGGAACAACAAGUACGUCCAUGAGGGUUUCUAUUAUCUCUUCAAGCUGUAUCAGACGGAGGCCUUCUUCUUUGGACAGUUCAACGAACGCUUGAAACAGUACGAAACCGUACCCCACGUCUGGACCAAGGACUAGAAGGAUGCGGAAGAUGCAUCAGUUAAAUUAUCUGUAACUAAUUGGCCCGAUGGGUUCGACGAUAAGCCUAAACUAUUAGGCUGACAUAUAUUGAUUAAAUUGUCAUGGGCGUUGUUUCGGA